AUGAGCGCCCCAUAUUCUUUGGAGAAAACAUCAAGCGCUUGUUCACUUGAGAAUUCGGAGAAUGGAUCAAGCAGAGAACUUGUUAUGACACAGGAAGAUGUAUUGGCGAAGAAUAUCAAAUUGAGAUCAAUGAUGUUAUUGGGAGCAUUAUUGCCGGGUGUUGGCUGUUAUUUUUGUGUUGCUUGGGCGUAUGUCUUUCAGCUAGAUGUUGUCAGGAAUUUCACGACAAUCGGAUGCGAACAAACGCAUAGUUGGGUGCCUCCUGUUUCCUAUACAAUCGGCUAUUGGAUGCCGCAAAAGUACAUCUGGAUGUUCAUCGUCACCUUUCAUUUCCCUGCACGGAUUAUCUUCAUUGUGCUAUAUCGACGGCUAUUUCUUGGGAAUUCUCCCCGACAUCCAUCAUAUGGUUGCAUUUUGAAAUGUUAUUUGGUCACAUUGUGGUUGGAACCGAUCGGCUUGUUGUCAGUCUCCGUUCUUGAUAUCACACUAUUUGAGCUGCACGCUUUCUCCUAUGCUCUCUGGCUGAUUCCAUUUAAUUUCAAUAUGCUCUUCAAUGUCAUUUUGCAUCAUUUCAGUCGAAUACGAGCCAGCAAUGAUACGCAUGAGAUCACCUGGAGAAUCAAAUUAUUCCUUCUUUUAACCGGUCUCACUCUUUCCCUCUCAACAGCCGUUAGUUAUCCAAUUUUCAUGAACAGUUGCAAUGUUUACGCUUAUUACGCCUUUUCGAUAGCUGAAUAUCUUUUGGUUGGAUACAACUCGUUGUUUCAUUUCUUGGCUUAUUGGGAGUUUCCGGAGUUGAAGAUUUCUAUUGGUUUCACUCAAUUGCACACUGUCGAGCGAAUCAAAAUCGUUCCCCAGCGAAUCGUCGAGGCUCGUCAAUUGAAGAAAAACAAAAACCAGCAAGAUAAUGAUCGAAACAAUAAUGACAAUGAAGAAAAGAAAAUACAUGAGAAAUUU